AAAAGCGCAAGGCGUGAUGCGAGCAAAGCCGUACGUGAGUGCUGACCGUGCCCGUCAGUCUGUUCGCAUAAUCAACCGAAGCUGCUACGAAACCGCUGCGGAAGCUUGCUCAACCCACCCAUUUGGUUCCAUUCCAGCGUGCGUGCGUGUGUGUGUUUUUAUGCGGUGGUGAGUGGGCAAACGGAAACAAAAAGUGAAGAGUGAACGGAAAUUCCUUCAACCUGUAGGUGUGAGGGAAAGAGUGUAGGGGCCAAGUUUUAAAAGUGUGUAGGUGCUGGUGUGUGUGUGUGUGUUCGGAAGUGCUUGUUGCUUUGGCGUUGUUUUCCGGAGUUUUGAAAAAAAAAAACAAAAAGUGAAAAGAGGUUGGACGUGGUGUAGAGCCUAUUGAGCAUUGGCGAGACGCAUUCAACCGGUGCAAAGCACUGGGCUCAGGGUACCAGCAACAGUGAAGGAAGCGGAUAAUGGAUGUUUCAAGGAUUAACUGCGCCGUUUAGGUCGCGCCGCCGUUUGCAGCUGUAGCGAGCCGUGGUGGUGGUGGAAACGAUUAACAUGAGCAGUUUUUAAAAAGAGUAUGGAUUGGGGUUACACAUGGGAACUAUGAAGCAAAUAGCGGUUGUGAUGAUUCUCCUCAACAUCAGCUACAGUCAGUUCUCACGCUCCCAGUCGGUCGACAUCGACGAGCCGCACACGUACACACCACCGAGGCACUACUUCCAGACGUCCUCCUUCGACGAGGCCGACCAGGACGACGACGACGCGGCAAAGAAUCCGCUCGACCGGGGGCCCUACUUCGACAUCUCGGCUUCCCGCAACGUCACCGCGCUCGUCGGCAACACGGCCUAUCUCAACUGUCGCGUGCGCAACCUCGGCAACCGCACGGUGUCCUGGAUACGGCAUCGGGAUCUGCAUCUGCUGACAGUCGGCAAGGCAACGUACACCUCGGACCAGCGCUACCAGAGCGUGCACAAUCCCCAGCUGGACGACUGGUCGCUGAAGGUCCUGUACCCGCAGCAGCGAGACUCCGGUGUGUACGAGUGUCAAAUCUCCACGACACCGCCGGUCGGCUACUCCAUGAUGCUGUCGGUUGUCGAACCCAUAACGACCAUUAUCGGCGGACCAGAUCUUUACAUCGAUACCGGGUCGACCGUGAACCUAACCUGCAUUGUGAGGCAUCUUCCGGAACCACCGCCACUGAUACAGUGGACCCACAAUGAGCAGGAAAUCAACUACGAUUCGCCACGUGGCGGUGUGUCGGUGAUCACGGAAAAGGGCGACAUAACGACCUCCUAUCUGCUGAUCCAGCGGGCGCGCAGCACCGACUCCGGCAAGUACACGUGCCUGCCCUCGACCGCCAACCCGAUGACGGUGCACGUCCAUGUGCUUAAUGGCGAACAUCCGGCCGCGAUACAGGGCAGCAAAGGAUUGGGGAGCAGUGCCGUGGUCGUUACGUUCGCGCUGCUGCUGCUGGUGCUGCUGGCGACGGUGCGGGCAUUCCCAGUGCGAUAAGAUUCGUCCCGCAGCAAUUCAUUUGCAUGUCAAUCGAUGUCAUUUGCCCAAGCGAAGGUAAGGAUUGAGAGAGUGAGAGAUCGCGAACGAAAGGGAAAGAGAGUGAGAGCGAGCUAGAUAGAGAGGUUUAUUUAUGCACCGAUGGGUUUUAACGACGGUUGCUGCAAUUCGAUAGUGGAAAUUUGUUAAGUUUAUUUCACAGAAGAGUGUUCGUGCGUGUUAAUGUGCAGAUGAAUUUCAUGUAGCGAGGGUGUAAUUGUGUGUGUUGAUACGUUUAUAACCUUAAUGUGUUGUACAAAGUUUUUAGUUUGAAAGGAGCUCUCUUUAAAUAAUCCAAACAAUACAAUUUGAAAUUUAAUUUGAAACGUAAGCUCAACGAGGCUAGAGCUCACGUUAACGUGCAUACGCCUAAAUGUAUGCAAACCUGAUUUCAUUGUCUACUUAUUAGAAUGGGUUUGUAGCUGCAAACCAUCAAAACAAUUGAAUUCAAUGUGUUUACCAUGAAUUAUGCAAUGUUGACUACCAUUAAAUAAAUUUUACAGAAAAGAUUAACAAAAUGAUUUUAAAAGGAGUCUCGGAAUUAAGUUGAAAGUAACAAUAAAUGCUUUAACUGCGUAUAGGUUUAAACUCUCUUCAAACAAAACUGAUACCGAAAUGAAGAAAUAAAUAAUUUUUGUUGUGUUAUGUUAUCUUGACGCAAAUGGUGCCAUUUAUGGUAGAAUAUGUAUUAAUGUUAAAUUGUAAAGGUAAUAAUAUUGACAUUUUGUUCGAAAUUGAAGUUGUAGAGUAAUGUAGCUAACUAAUAAUGUACAUAUUAAAUUUUCCCAUUGAAUUGCUUCCUAUGAUAAGUUUUAUACGAGGAAAGGAACCAUUCAGAAGCUACAGUAAGCAGUAAAGAGCGAAAGGGUAACCUUAAUCUACAAAUAAUGGCAUUUUCUCCCCGCUUCACGUUUUUGAUUUAUUCUGCAAACCUGCACAAUGUUGCGCGUUUGACAUUACUUUGCAAACCGAUUACCAAACCCACGGCACCGGGUUCAUGUGUGCCUGUGUAUGUUGACGCAACGAUUGCGGGAAAUUACAUAAACCGCCCUCCUUAGCCGCUUGGUUUGACGUACGCACGUGUACACAGCGCCCAUACCACAGCACCACCGUUUGUGUGUUUGGCAUGCGAAUCUGUAAAUACACAUAUUCAUCAUGCUGCAAACUACUACAUGUGCUGUGCUGAUUCGCAUACUUCCCCCCCCCCUCCUUCCACUCACCCAACUCCCACCCCAACUCGUGGCAGAAGAGCAAGACAGAUGAGGUCCGUUCAUCUUUGACAGUGCAAGAGGGCCACGCAACGGGCCCUCACUGGCAAGCCGUGCCAAGCCGGGUUGUGGCAAGUGGGCACCGGUGCUUUUCGGGCCAACUGGUUUUGCAAACCUUUGUUCCGUGUCAAGGUUAUUUUUUUGUUGUUACUUUUCGCUCGCUCCCACCUGCCUUUUCUCUUUCUCUUUCUCUCUCUCUCUCUCUCUCUCUCUCACUCUGGCUCACUCACACACGCACGGUGGAAUCCUUUUGUUGCGAUGGGAGGUUUGAAUAAAAUAAAAUAAUACAUCAACGAGCGUGUUUCGGCAAACAAGGACAUAAAGGACGAUCGAUGUGCGCCUCUCAGGCCUGGGGAGAGCCUGAGCUUCCCAGACCUUCCUGGGCUGAUAAAAACAAAUCUCGUGAAGAUAAAUUAUUCCGAAAUGAAUGUAGCGUACUUUGUUCGGCGAAGGUAUUUGGCUGUUGUGAGUGUUUUUUCUUCUUUUUCUUCUUUGCUUUCUUUUGUUGCUGUUCUGGCCUUCGCUUUGUCCACCGCACUGGAUGGACUGGGCGGGUUUUUGGUCGUUUUGUUGUUUUGAGAUGUGCUUUUGUACCUUUUUUGUUGUUGUUGGUGUUGGUGGUGCUGCCGCUGGUAAGCUGCAGAGUAGUAAGCUGCGUAGGUAUAAAAUGGAUGACUUUGGCUAAAAAUUUUGGCAACCAUGACUAAAGAUUUUGUAACAGCGAUAGAGUUGGGGAUGAAAAACUAGGCAGAUUUUUCUUGUGUACAAGUGCGCACCGUAUUGAGAGGAGAGAAGCAUGCCCUUUGUUUUAUAUUUCAAAACUGAAACUCUUCUAAUUUCCAAACAAAGCAAGGCUCUAUUCAGUUGACAACUAAACGUAAGAAGGAAUGAACUUGUUUGUCAUCCACGCCAAACGACACAACAUGAUUGAAAAAAACACUUGUAAAUAGUAAAAUAUGGCUCUCGAUAGGAUAAACAAAAAAUAAAAAUAAAACCACGGAUCGAAGGAUCGAACGCCCAUUUCUUCAUUUGAAAACGAAGGUGAAUGUAACAAGAGUGUUAGAUUGAUAAACUGAAAUUUCUUCAUAGAAGCAGGUAGGAAGAAAAUAGUUGAAGCCACACGGUUGAUAUUCAUUUUCUCCUGCUCCUCUGUUUUCACGAAAACGGGACCGCCGGCGACCGACCGAGAUCGGCCAAAGGCCGUGGACGGUGUGCGUCCAUUCUGAAUGGGGGCAAACACACACUGUUCGUUUAGAAUAGGGCGAAGCCACAAAUGAAGAACAGGUAACGAAUAAUAAAAGAAUGCAUUAAGAGAGAAAAACAACCAUGGAAUAAUCGUCUCCAGAAGGACGUAGGACGUAUAUACAUAUAAAAAUAGAUAUUUUACAUUGAAUUCAUUCCGCAACAAGCUACAUGAAACAGAAGAGAAAAAUGAAGAUGAAAAAAGAAAAGAAAAAAACAGAACAGAAAC